AAAUUGUGGUCUGACUUAAGUGUGAGACGUCCCACCAUUGUCCCCUCCACUCCCACUCACAGCAACCUUAGCUAUUCCCAUAAUAAAACAUCAUCUUACACUAUAAACAAUCCACUCUCUCCUCUUUUGUGCUCCCAAACCAAACAUAUCACUCACUUCUCUCUCUCAUAUCUCUCACUUCUUCUCUUUCUUUUUAAGUCCCCAAAAAUAACCUCGCUAUCGAUGGACUCAAAUCUGUUCAUAGCUCCUAUUUCUUCUCAGAAAUUCCAAGCCUUUGUCUCCUCAUCAUCCUAACUAAGAAAAAGAAAAAAACAACAUUAAGUUUCUGCCAGAAAUCAUGAGACCAAUAUUAGAUCUCGAAGUGGAAGCUUCAUCGGACAGUAGCAGCAGCCAAGUGGCCUCAAACUUGUCUCCGGUUGGGGAAGAUUACAAACCAAUCUUGCUGAAUCUUAGCCUCUCUUUCAACAACAACAAUCUUGAUCUUGAAUCAUCGUCUUUGACGCUGCCACUUUCGAGCACGAGUGAGAGUAGUAACCCGGAGCAGCAACAGCAACAACAACCGUCAGUAUCGAAGAGAGUCUUCUCUUGCAACUACUGCCAAAGGAAGUUCUAUAGCUCUCAAGCCCUUGGUGGUCACCAAAACGCUCAUAAACGAGAGAGAACACUUGCCAAACGCGCUAUGCGUAUGGGUCUUGCUGGGGUCUUCCCCGGUAGAGGAUCAAGUAGUAGCUACGCGGCUGCCACAGCAGCCGCUCUCUCGUGUUUGCCGCUUCAUGGAAGCGGAAACGGUAAUAUGACAUCAUUCAGGACUUUGGGAAUUCGGGCACAUGCCUCGUCCCACGACGUCGGCAUGACAAGGCAGACACCAGAAACGAUUAUUAGAAACAUUGCCAGGUUCAACCAGGGAUAUUUCGGUAAUUGUAUACCUUUUUACGUUGAGGACGACGAGGCCGAGAUGCUCUGGCCAGGGAGUUUCAGGCAAGCAACGGAUGCCGCUGCGGUUGAAGCGGGUAAUGAUAAUUUAGGUGAAAGAAAAAUGGAUUUCUUGGACGUCAAGCAAGCGGUGGAUAUGGAGAGUUCUCUUCCAGAUCUAACCUUGAAGCUUUGAGCUUUCUUUAUUUGUUUUUACUUUCUUUUUUUGAAUGUGGAUUCUUAAUUUGGUUGCAUCAGCUUCAUAACUCUAUUAUGUACAGUGAGAGUUUCACAAACCAUUUCUGAUAUGUUAUCAUUAUAUGGUCACUAUCGAUUGAUCGACCAAAAGUCAAUUCUAGUGUUUGCUUAUGUAUAAGCCAAAGGGAUAUGUAUAAUGGUAUUAACGUAAUAUUUGGGAGUGA